AUGGAAAAUACACAUAUCCCUGCUUGGAAGAGAAUUGCUAUCAAGAAACAAAAUAACGAAGUUACCAAUGACUUCAGCACAGAAGAUCCAUUGAAUGUGACAACACAUUUAUCCACUGGGUCAUUGUCUAGGAAAGAGAAGAAACGUAUCAUCAACAACGAUCCUGAUCUUGGUAAGACCAAAAAUAAAGUCACGAAGACCAAGAAAGAUAAGAAGAAAUUAAAAUUGUCCAGAGAAGAAAGAUUACAAAAGAAAAAUAUUGUAUUGAAGGAUCAACUACGUUAUUUACUAGAUUUUUAUAAAACAAAAGUGUCGGACGAUAUUCCAAAGAGUGUAUUAAAUCUAGAAAAUGUUAAGAUUAACUAUGCCAACGAUGCUGAAGCGGCUGAUAAAGAACAACAAAGCUUGGUUGUGGAUGUUUGGAAAUUUGCUAAAUCAAAGCAAAACUGGUUGAUCAAGCAUUUUUUUAAUACUGAAGAGAUCCCUACGGAGUAUGACGAUAUACUGAUUGAAUAUUUUAAGGAUCUAAAGGGAAAAAUGAAAGAUGAUCUAAUACAGAAAUGUUUAGCACAAAUAAAAACUUGGAACGAAUAUUCAAUUGCUGAAGAACAGAAAAUCAAAGAUAUGGUAGAAGGUGGUGAUAAUAAGAAAGAAUCUAAGGAUGAGGAGAAACAAGUUGAAGAUGAAGACAAAUCAACCGAUGAGGUAGAGAAAGAUGAAACAAAUAACGACAAGGAUAAGAAGGAAGAGCAGCCUGAAGUUGUACCUCCAAGUAAGUUUGUUGUGUCUAGAAGCCAUAAACUACUAACGAGGUGGGUUCAACUUGAAGAUGGGAGCAUUGACAAAUCUAGUAUGGAACUACUAAAUUUCACUAUAUAA